CCGACCAACCCCUCGUUGACAAUCUUUGAACAAUUCAACUUCAAAAUGCUUGCCACCAUCCGUCCAGCAAUCUGUAGGGCCUGCAGAAGGGCGCAAAUUCGCCCUGCGAGGGGUUUUGCGACCGCCAGCGGCCCAAUCCAGCAACCGCCCCGCGACAACUACGUCAAGCUCGUCGAGGUCGGCCCCCGCGAUGGACUGCAGAACGAGAAAAAGACGAUACCCCUCAGCACGAAGAUCGAACUGAUUGAGAGGCUCGCCAAGACGGGCGUUUCCACGAUUGAAGGCGGCUCUUUCGUCUCGCCCAAAUGGGUGCCUCAGAUGGCCAAUUCGAGCGACAUUCUCGAGCAUAUCCUCACACGAAACAUCUCCUCCCCGUCGCAAACAUCGUACUCGUUCCUCGCCCCGAAUAUCAAAGGACUGCAGAACGCCCAAGCGCUGCUGGGCAAGUAUCCCGGCGCUUUCGCAUCGCAGCUCCAACCGUCGACGGACGAGUCGAAGCCCGCCAUCGAAGUCGCCGUAUUUGCGGCCGCGACCGAGUCUUUUUCCAAAAAGAACCUCAACUGCGACAUUGCGACAUCACUCGAACGUUUCCGUGACGUCAUCCGAGAUGCAAAGGGCGCUGGCCUUCGCGUCCGCGCGUAUGUCUCUGUCGUCCUCGGCUGUCCCUUUGAGGGUUACAACGUCGACCCGCACAAGGUAGCCGAGAUCUCGACGGAGCUGUUGGAGUCGGGCGCUGACGAGGUUUCCCUCGGCGACACCACGGGCAUGGGCACGGCGCCCCGGACGAAGGAGUUGCUGAACUGCAUGAGGGCUGCGGGCAUCAGGAACGAGGACAUCGCCAUGCACUUCCACGACACGUACGGCCAGGCGCUGGUGAACACGGCUGUCUCCUUGGAGCACGGCAUCCGCACGUUUGACAGCAGUGUUGGCGGGCUCGGGGGAUGCCCGUACAGCCCCGGCGCUACUGGGAACGUGUCCACGGAGAAUAUGAUCUACUUUAUCGAAAGUCUGGGCAUGGAUACCGGCAUCGAUCUGGAUGCCAUGUCGGACAUUGGUGCGUGGAUCACGGGCGAGCUGGGCAAGGCCAACGACAGCACUGUCGGUAAGGCGGUGCUGGGGGCCAGAACGCGUGAAGCCGCGGCAUAACGGAGAUUCAAUCCAUGAUAUCGAAUUUGCGUCGAAACAAUCAAUUUGCUUGUU